AUUCAUUUAAGGUAAUAGGACUGUACCAUUGCUAGCAUGAGGCAGUGAUUCAUACUUGAUACAUUCUUUCAAAUUAAUUGUUCACUGUUCAAGAAAAAUGGGAAGAAAAUGAAUCCAAUUUGAAUGUUUUCUUAAAGUAGUCCAUUAAAUGUGAUUUGCCUAAUUUAAAUAACAUAUUUAAUGUCAUUAUGUGCAGGUAGGGAUGGGAUAGGUUGACAUAUUUGACCACACCUCCUGUAUUUUGGUGGGGCUCUUAGCUGGACCACUACAAAUACUUGAAUCACUCCUGCAAGCUCCAGACCUGCAUCCUCCCCGGGUCCCUUUCCACAGGCAACAGCAAGCAUGAAUCCAAACAUUUGGAGCAAAGGUAUGUAUCCUUCCAGCAGCAUUUGUCUUGACGGCUGCACCACAGAGCACCUCUCCUCCUUUCAGCCAGACCCCGUGCUGUCAAACUCAGAUGUGUCAGGUGUUCCUGUGUCUUCACACAAAGACGGCGAGGACAUAAAGAUGCUCCCGGAGAAUGCCUAUUACAGCAGCAAUGAUGCUGGUUCAAGUCUGUUUUGCUCUGGCCAGCUGGAGCUCAGUCCAUCCAGAGACGGCACCACUGGACAUUUACCCCCCAGGAGACACCUGUCUCCUGCUCCGACUUCUUGUGGUCACCCUGAGUGGAACUUAAACAGUGGCCGUCAAGCAAAACGUGCCAGGGUAGAGAAUAUCAUCAAAGGCAUGACCAGCUCAAGUCAGGAUGUGGAGUCAGGCGGCAUGCAGGAAAAUGAAAGGAUUCAGGAUCAGGAGCAUGUGGAAAGAAGCCAGAUGACGAGAAAUCUCCUUGAGAGUCAGCAUCAGCACCUCAGACAGCUCAGAACAAGGUUCGGCCAUGUGGACGAAACAGCUGACACUACGGACAGCAGCAAGGACAGGAAAUACCCCACCUGGAACCAUUCUUCUGAAACAUCUCCAAGGGAGGCAUUCACAGAUUCUCACAGCGAGUCUGAGAGCAGCUCAAGUAGAAAAUAUCAAGGAUGGAAGAAGAUGAAGCUGAUGAACUACUUCCAAUCCAAACCUGAGAGAUUAAAGCUGAUGGCGGAUGUCUUAAAGUACGAACUGUCCAGAGCUGUCAGCAGGAGCGUCGACUCUAUUUUCAAAAGCAUGCCACUUCUACAGACAUCACUAAACGACGAGGGGAGCAUAGAAACAGAUACGCCUCUUCAGCCAUCUGUAGGUAAAGAUGAUACAUUAAGACUUUCCUGUUGCACCAAUACAGAGGUGCAAGUCCCAAAAGUUCAGACUGAAGCUCUGUCUCUGGUUGUGCAAAAGCCUCGACUGGAAAGAGCUGACAAGUUCAUCUUUCAGUCCAGAUCAAGAGCUCAGCAUCAUCCCAAACCUUCAGUCCCCUUCACUUGUGACUCCACUCACAACACUGCCCGUCCACAUGCCCUCAGGUGUUUGCACGAUGGAUGCUCCGAAGUGGGUCAAGCAAAGUUUGGCAGACGUUGGAAUUCGGUCAAAGUGAGAUCGAAGGUCAACUCCAGGUCCAUCAGAAGCCCACAGACUGUGUCGGUGGAUCCAUUGCUGCUGGAAAGCCUGUGUCUCCCUCAUGUCAAGAUCGAGUCUGAUUGCCUGAAGAAUAACCUCUACAUGCUGAAUGAGGGUCUGACCACAAAUCACCUGAAGAAAGCAAAGCUCAUGUUCUUCUACACUCGUUAUCCGAGCUCGCUGGUGCUGAAGAUGUGUUUCCAUGAUGUGCAGUUCACGCGCUGCAUCACCUCCCAGCUCAUCAAGUGGUUCAGUAACUUCAGGGAGUUCUACUACAUCCAGAUGGAGAAGUUCGCCCGGCACGCUCUCGCAGAAGGAGUGGUCGACGUGAGGGGUCUGACUGUGGGGAGAGAAUCAGAACUUUUCAGGGCUCUAAACAUGCACUACAACAAAACCAACGACUUCCAGGUCCCUGACAGAUUCCUGGAAGUUGCUGAGAUUACAUUGAGAGAGUUUUACAUUUCAAUUUCAGUGGGAAAGGAUCGAGAUCCGUCGUGGAAGAAAGCGAUCUACAAAGUUAUCUGUAAACUGGACAGUGAUGUACCAGCUGAAUUCAAAAGUCAUCACGCUGGAUGAGAACCAACCAGGAGACAUCAUGUGCCACAGUGGUUACCGUCACAAUGUGGACUUACUCAUGCCUUGAUCAGCAAACUAUUAGUUUCUGAUGAAGAGCAUACGUCAUUGUAAAACAGGUGACUGCAUGUCUCCAAUAUGGCAGACUGAUGUCUGAGUUUAUCAACUGUCUGUUAUUGUCGCAUCAUAAGGUUGUUUUGUCAUAUGUAUUUUGCUAUAUAAAUCACAUUAUGUAGCAAUAACACAUAUUCUUAUUGAUUGAAAUGUCUUUUAGUCCAACACUGAACAUUUUCUGAUUUUUGGGAGACAUUUUUCUCUAAGUAGUACAAAAUAAUGUCCACAGCACGUGAGAAAAACAUGUUUAAUAUUCAGCAGAGCUCAUUAUUACCAAGCUGUAUUUAUGUACAGGAUAUAUAAAAUGGAAAUUAAAUGAAUUCAAAAAUUGCUGAAUUAGUACACGAUGUCUGUUGUAGCAGUGGUUCUGUUUCUCUUCCAUACUCACCAUUCAGAUCCAUCCAUCCACUUUCCAUGUGACACACUGUGGCUGGUUCUCCUUCGCAAAUCAAACAGGCCUUCAUCAUCCAUUCUGUGUGCUUCGGUCAUAAUGAUCCUUGUUUCCUCUCAUUACUCCCGUAACAGUGUUGAUAAUCCAGAGGAAAAUUUUCCAUGAGUGAAAAUCUUGGACCCCUUUGUUUCACAAGUGGACCCUUUGUAAAUGUAAAAUUUAUAUCAAAAACACCUGCUCCUUAAUAACUGCAGUGUGCACAUAUGCAUUUGUGCUCUCAACAGCCCAUUCACUGAAAAACUGCUGGCACUGUACAUUUCUGCAAACCACAAAUAUGUCAUAUUUGCAUGUUUCAUAUGUAUCAUAUUGUUUCUCAAGUGAUGUCAUAUGUAAGCUGAAUGUGGGCAAGACACCUGUCAAGCUGCAGACCACUGAUUGAGACCAACAAACAACAAAACCAGUGAUUUAGCGACCCAUUGCUGCUUUUUCCAGCUGAUUUUUAGGCAAGAAGAGUGGUUGUUUUUUACUGAAGCAUUGCUGCCUUUCCUACUGAGACUGUGCCCCCCAAACCAGGCAUUUCAGGCCAAAGCAUGAGCUUUACUAACCAUAACCAAGUAGUUUUUGUUUCACCCUAUCCGCUACAUAAUGAUGAAAAUGUAACGCAUCUGUGGUUUGCAGAAACAUUUUUUCUGGAGAUUGGGUUGGUCAACAAUGAGUGACAACAAGGGUCAAAGGUAUAUUCUAGUAUACAUCAAAGCAACAUUAUGCAACUUUUUCAAGAAAAUUUAAUUACCUUAAAUAGCAGCUUCAAAAUCAUUUAAAUGCUACACUUACAAAAGGGAGAAUGGUGCAUCUUUUACUCUGUACCCUGAACGCUUUACCGCACUACAUUACACACCAGAAGUAAGCUCUAAGAAGAAGCUAGCUUGGUUUUGUUGUCCUCAUAUACCCUUAGCCAUGCACAAAUUUAACUUUGUAAGUGAGCAAUCUAAUGCAGCGUUGCAAACUGUUUAUACUGUCCUGACGUAAACUGUACAUGGACGUCGGAACUAUUUUCUGGGGGGGGCAGGAUUUUUGUUGGGAGGGGCGGGGGAAGCACGCACACUUAUCAAUGAUUAACGAUUUGAUUUGAAGUUAUUUUAUAAUAACAUGCAGUUAUAAGAGAACUAGAAUGGAUGAACACGGCAUCUUUAUUGUUAAGAAAAUUAAACUUUGAUAACUAAAUCAAGCCAUUUAAGGAACAUAACAGCAUUAUUUGUAACCUUGAAUGAAAAAAAGAAAAGUCUGUGCUCCUGACUCAAGGCUUUUUUAUGCAUUUCCAAAAUUGGACCUUCUCUCAGCUGACCUACUGAUGAAGAUUUUAAGCAGGGUCGAGACAUCACUUUCAUCCAUAAGGUCACUGUGAGCGUUCAUAAUGGCCAAAUGUGUUAGUCUCUCCUGCGUCAUGGUGUUGCGCAGCCAGGUUGGGAUGGGAAGGGAUGCGCACGCCCCGCACCCCUAGUUCCGACGUCUAUGAAAUUGUAGUGAUCUGUCUCACAAUUAAUGGGAAAACAAGAACAAUAUGGCAGCAGAGUGUACAUCCCUGUUAAUGUCCAGUGUUUCCCACAAACUGAAUUAGAUGUGCUGGCCCGCCACAAUAUCAACACUGACCGCUAUAUCAAUUUUCUUUUUUCUCUUUAUUUACUACUAAUACAAGUACUACUUUUAAAAUGGGUACAUUUAACUGCGUACAGUACACUGAUUCGCUCUGCCCCUCCUUGCCCCGUUCUUGGGUUCUCUCUAUGUUUAUCAGGCUACAAAUGAGAUAAGAAUCAGCUAGCUAGUGCAACCUGCAGUCCCUCCACCUCACUCACUGCUGCUUGGGGGCUACUUUGCCGGGAGGAGAGUGGGCGGCAGCCCUAGAGAUGAGCCUAAAAUUCAGCAAGUGCAAAUCCCAGCGCCGGGGGUCACAGCGAUGGGCAGCGGCAUAGCUGGGUCUUAUCUGUGUAACAGCAGCAACAGAAAGUUUGCUGAUCCAGCAGGGAGUUGGAGCGGUGUGGGAUGAACCCCCCGGCAUCUGGGUCUUCACUGGCUGAAUCUGAGUUGCUACAGGACAUGAAGAUUGUCCACGUAUAAAUUUGCAGCCAUUUCUGAGCUUUUUUUCAGAGACAGAUAAAAAUAAAAGCAUAUCAUUUGAGUUCUUUUUCAGUUAAAUCAACAUUAUGGUAAAUGGGCUUUGAUGUGCAUUAGUGAUCACAUAUAAUAAUAAUGAGCUGAAUGUGGUACCAAUAACUUUUUUGCAUCUUUAGUUUGAAUGUAAUGUAAUAUAACAGCAAGAUUAAAAAUUUGUAUUCAAAUAAGACAUAAAAAUCAAAUUACCAUUUUUGUUUUUAAAAAGCCACUGUUGGCUUAACUCAUUAUUGAGGAAACCAGGCUUUAAUCACUUGAACCCCAAUGUCCCUAGUAGACUUUAUCUCCUUAUUUGACAAAUUUGUUAUCUUCGUAAACAGUCUUUGACAAUCCUGUGAACCUCUCAAACCUACAGGAGAUAAACAUUACAGACCACAUCAACCACCACAGUGAGAUGGUCCUUUUCAGUUACAUCACAUUACAAUUUCUUACACUCACAUUCAUUCAAGCCACAAGUUCAGCGAAAGAAAAUGCUGCAAAAAGCACAUUUGUCACAAAAAAUACACUAGUCUGAUUUUAAACUCUUAGGACUCUUAAAGAUGGCAGCUUCUUUUUAGGUGCAAUUACGUCACAGUAUUGUAUAUUUAAAAGUUUAAAUUAUUUCUAUAUAAAAAAAAAGGAAAAAAUGGCUAACACACCACCAUUAAGUGUAAAACUGGGGAUUGGGAUUUGAUAAACUAGCAUACAAAGUUUUACACUGAAAUUUACUUAGGUGUACGGAGUUGCUCCGCAUCACAGAAAGUUCAUGUUACCAUUUAUUCUUGCAGUGUCAUUCUCCUCACUUAACCAUGCAGUGAUAACAUGUUACCAGUCUUCCUUAAAGGGUAAGUUUCAUAUUUUUCAACCUUGUCUAAAUGGAGUCUGGUGAGUUUGGUGAUAGCAAUUUUGAGGCUGUUUCUGGUUAAACAAAAAUAAUCUUACUCUUCAACAAAAAGGUCUAUGUUGUCAGACACUGAGAAUAAUAAUCUGAGCCUGUCAGUGGCAAAAACAAACACUUUCAGUGGACGUAAACUGACAGUGCACAACUGCCCCAAGUGUUUACAUUGCAGCCUGUUUUGCCGCUGCUGGCUGCAGCGCUCGCAUUCAAUACUGGGCCAGUUUAAAAAAAACUGCUCCCAUAAGUCACUUACAAACAAAAACAUGGGAUCAUAGUGCCAGGUUAAAAAUUACUGAACUUACCCUUUAAAAAAAAAUUCACAUUGGCUAAACGAGUGAAGUCAGACAGAUGUCAAUAAUUAUUCUUCAGGCCAUUG